CAAUGACGUAUUCAAUAAUAGCUCUUUGUAUAUUAUUGACAAUAGUGAAUGGAAAUGUGGAACAAAGGAUAGAGAAACUCAUGGGUUUGUAAUAAAAUUAUUAGCAUACUCAAUCUGAAAGUUUCUUCUAUUACACUUAGGUAGCAAAAUGUAGUUUGAAGGUAAAUCAAUUGAUAAUUGUUUGUAGAGUAUAUCAAAUUGGAAUUGUGGUUCAUUUUGUGAGCAUCAUCCAGAUAUGGUUGAAGUUAAGGCAUUCUAUAAGUCUGAUCAUCAUGCAUAGGCAUAUGUAGGAUAUAAUAAAAAAGAAAAUUUGGUGGUUGUUGUUUAUAGAAGUAUGAAAUGAAUAAUAUAAUUUUAGGUACCUAAGACUUUAUCAACUGGUACAAUAACAUAAAGUUCUUUAAACAUGAUUUUGGAGAUUGCAAAAAUUGUAAAGUUCAUUUAGGAUUUUGGGAAACGUAUGAUGACGUAUCAUUAGAAGUGUUGGCUGCGGCAAAACAUUUGAAAGAAAAAUAUCCAACUUCAAAAAUAUUGGUUACAGGACAUUCAUUAGGUGGUGCAGUAGCUUAUUUGGCUGCAGUAGACUUAAAGAAAUUAGGUUACAAUAUUGACUAUUUCUUUACUUAUGGAGCUCCUCGUAUUGGAACUCAUGAAUUUGCUGUUUGGUUUACUAGUUAUGUUGGUGCAACAGAACAUUGGAGGGUUACCCAUUAUAGAGAUAUGGUAAUUCAUUAACCACCUUCAUCAUUCUCUUAUAAACAUCCACCUUAAGAAGUUUGGUAUGCUCAUGAUAAUAAAUCAUAUAAGGUAAUUAAGUAUAUUAAUUUAGAUAUGUUCAAGUGGAAUUGAUGAGGAUCCAACUUGUGCCAAUUCAAUCAUUGGUGAUUCUGCUGCUGAUCACACAAGUUAUUUUAAUGUUAGUGGGGCAUGUACAGAAGAAUUCACAGAAGAUAUUGAAAUUUGAU